GCACCUCGUCACCUGCUCUCUCUCCAUCGAGCCAUCCAUAGCCGAUUGCUGUCUGCCUGCCGCCAUCUUUGUUGUCAAUCUGACAGUUCCUCUUCUAUCUGCUCUCCCUUCACCCCUCAUGUUGACGCUUUGUGUCAUUGUUGUGCACCCUCAAUCGAUAUUCCACUAAUUCUCUUUGACAACUCUAAUGAAGCGUCUUCUUCGUCAGCAUUUUCCUCGUCCAGCAUCCCCGUCAAUAUUUGCCUUCCUCAGCUUGUCUUUGCUCCGUGGAAGGCUAACAGUGAAGUGAACUCCUCUCUGAAAUUUCCUGACUCUCUGGAAAGCCGGCUGGCAGACGGACAACUCCAAAGCAAUUCUGUACCCUUGGAUUUCGGCACAAGCGUUUCUGGAGUUAUAUCACCUGCACCAACAUCCGCGUGA